GGAUGGCAUGGUUUCCGCUCGAAUGAACGGCGGAGCAUGGCACGGAUUUUAUCGAAUGAGGAUUUCGUCGUCGUCUCAGUCGGUCGGGAUGUCGUCAUUUACCAUUUCGGACUUGAACAUAUUGUCCACAUAAAGCUGAAGUCAGAAAAUGUGCAAAUAGAUAACAAUGCCAGAAAUAACGAAAACAAGAACAAAAAGAAUGAUAGUAUUACUAACAAGAGUACAACAGAAUCAAGUAAAAUUACUAGCAUGGCAUGUAGUCAUUCUAAAAAGUACCUGUCAGUCAGUGAUGAUGGGAAAAAUUUGUAUGUAUAUGAUGCUUCUAACAAUUGGAAACUUGUCAAUCACAGAUCCAUUCCAAAAAGAUGUACAUCCAUGAAAUUCACACGAGAUGACAAAAACAUCCUGAUAGCUGACAAAUCAGGGGAUGUACUUAAGUUUGAUGUUCUUGGUGUUGAGGGGUUGACUUCCCUGGAAUCCAAGGAUGGGAAGGGGGUUGGGGGUUUGGUUAUCUCAGGACCCAAAAAUGCCGUUUCAGGGUCCAAUGAUACUGAUGACAACAGAGAUGACGACGACUCUUUCGUUGUGGCUGGCCAUGUUUCUAUGCUCCUUGAUAUUGAAUUAUGUGAUGCAGAUAGAUAUCUUGUAUCAUGUGAUAGAGAUGAGAAGAUUAGGAUUAGUAACUAUCCCAACUGCUAUAACGUCCAUCAGUUUUGUCUCGCUCACACAGACUUUGUUAGCAAGGUUCUAUACAUUGAGGAGUGUGAUCUUUUGUUGUCUGGAUCUGGGGAUGGGCGAAUCAUUCUUUGGGAUUACAAAUCAGGUCGUCUGCUGGACUCUGUUAAUACUUUUGAAUAUUUAGGUCACGAUCAGUCAGCUAUUUGCCCUAGUUCUUUUCCUAACCAAUCGGAAGAGGAGAAUGUAUGUCGGGGCGUUGAUGUCAGGAAUAUAUGCUAUCACAAAUUGACAAAAUUUGUCUUCGUAAUUUUUGAAAGAAGAAGAGUAGUAUUAACGCUAAAGCUAUGCUUUCCUUCUAUUGCAAACGAAAAUCCAACAAAAAGCAAAAUGUUGCAAUUUGUAUCAGUAACAAACGUCAACAACAACAUCCAAGAUAUCUCCCUUUUAGAUGAGCAGUUAAUCUUGUUGCUUGCACAAGAAAGUGUUGCAGAAGGUCAAAUCUGUUUGUCAACGUUCAAAAUUUUUGAAUAUGCUUUGCAAUUGAAUGAAUUAGAGCCUGUGUAUGUGGAUUGCCUCAACAAAGAGUUACAACACAUGCAUGUUUCUAGCUGUCAAUCAAGCAGCGACAACAGCAGUGGCAGUGGCAGCUGCAACAGAUUUGAAUGCAACCUCCAUAAGAUGCGCAUCGAUAACAUAUCCGAGUAUGUGGAGAGGAAGAACAAGAGGCUGAUGAAAAGGCAGGAUGAAUCCGGAAGAAAAACCAAGAUGAUGAUUAUGGAGAAUGAGGAUGAACAUCGAUGAUGAUGAUGAUGAUAACACUUAGGAUGAGGAUGAUGCCAAUGAUUAUGAUGAUUACAAAUUGAUGAUGACCGUGAUUAAUUGUCUCCAGAGAAAAUGUUACAGACAUAUCUGUAUAUUUGUUUGUUAGAAUGUAUAUAGGUACUGUCAUUAUGUCCGUUAGUUCGUAACUGUUAAGAAAAGAUUUUUGUUUGGAAAUUAAAAUAAUAAUAAAAAAUAUAUGGU